AUGAAGGACUGCUCAGACAUCAUCCUCUGCGUGGAGGCGACAGAGCUGAGCAAGACUGAAUUCUGCAAUCCUGCUUUUGAGCCUGAAUCAGGGCCACCUUGCCCCCUACCCAGCCUCCAGGAGGACGCCAGCUGCAGCACCCGAGCUCCCUGGCAUGGUCGGCGUCCCCGAGGGCUGCAGCCUGACUGCCACUUCUCCUGGCUGUGUGUCCUCCUGCUGGCCAGCCUGCUGCUGUUGCUGCUGGGGCUGCUGGUGGCCAUCAUCCUGGCCCAAUUGCAGGCUACAGCCGAGUCCGGGCCCUCCCAUCAUCCACUGCCUUCCCAAGGCCUCACCACCAUUGGCUCCACCCCCACUCCCAUCCCCACCACCUCUCAGGCAACUGGGACCCCUAAAGGGCAACCGGAGGCAGGCGUGAGCCCCGCAUCCCAGUCGACCUGUGGGGGCCUCCUUCCUGGCCCAAGGGGCUUCUUCAGCAGCCCUGACUACCCAGACCCUUACCCACCCAACGCCCACUGCGUGUGGCAUAUCCAAGUGGCCACAGACCAUGCAAUACAGCUCAAGAUCGAAGCUCUCAGCGUGGAGAGUGUGGCCUCCUGUCUUUUUGAUCGCUUGGAAAUCUCCCCCGAGCCUGAAGGCCCCCUCCUCAGAGUGUGUGGGAGGGUGCCUCCCCCGACACUCAACACCAAUGCCAGCCACCUCCGCGUGGCCUUCGUCUCCGACAGCAGCGUGGAAGGAUCUGGCUUCCAUGCCUGGUACCAGGCCGUGGCCCCCGGUCAUGGGAGCUGUGCCCACGAUGAGUUCCCCUGCGACCAGCUCGUCUGCCUGCUACCCGACUCGGUGUGCGACGGCUUUGCCAGUUGCGCUGAUGGCAGUGACGAGGCCAACUGCAGCGCCAAGUUCUCGGGGUGUGGGGGGAACCUGACUGGGCUCCAGGGCACUUUCUCUGCUCCCAGCUACCUGCAGCAGUACCCUCACCAACAGCUUUGCACCUGGCACAUCUCGGUGCCCGCUGGACAUGGCGUCGAACUGCUGUUCCACAACUUCAGCCUGGAAGCUCAGGACGAGUGCAAGUUUGACUACGUGGAAGUGUAUGAGACCCGCAACUCAGGGGCCCUCAGCCUCCUGGGCAGGUUCUGUGGAGCAGAGCCGCCUCCGCGCCUCAUCUCCUCGCACCACCAGCUGGCUGUGCUCUUUAGGACAGACCAUGGCAUCAGCAUCGGGGGCUUCUCGGCCACCUACCGGGCCCUCAAUGCCACAGAGAACCCCUGUGGGCCCGGAGAGUUCUCCUGCCGGGAUGGAGGGUGUAAGAAUCUGCAGUGGAUGUGUGGCAUGUGGAGAGACUGCACAGAGAGCAGCGAUGACAACUGCAGCAUCCCCUUGCUCCCACCCCCAGAGCUGGCCUGUGAACCUGUCCAGGUGGAGAUGUGCAUCGGUCUGAGCUACAACACCACGGCUUUCCCUAACAUCUGGGUGGGCAUGGCCACCCAGGAGGAGGUGGUGGAGGUCCUCAGAGGUUACAAGAGCCUGACAAGCCUGCCCUGCUACCAGAAUUUCCGGAGGCUCCUUUGUGGGCUACUUGUGCCCCACUGCACCCCGCUAGGCAGUGUCCUUCCCCCUUGCCGCUCUGUCUGCCAGGAGGCAGAGCACCAGUGCCAGUCUGGCCUGGCACUACUGGGCACCCCCUGGCCCUUUAACUGCAACAGGCUGCCUGAGGCAGCUGGCUUGGAGGCUUGUGCCCAGCCCUGA